AUGUUCGCGGAGCCGUCAAUGCCUGAACGUCGCCCCUCGCCUGGGCUUUCGCUCGAACUCAACUCCAAGAAUCCGUUUCGCAACAGAGCGACGUCACCUGCCAUCCCUUCGCCAGCCCUCCAAACCCCUACAAGUGCAGACGGCCGGCCAAUGUCCCGCAACCCCUUCUUGCAGACCUUCGAAGCCGAGUUCAACAAAGAGGCCCGCAAAGAGGCCCAAUUGAUCGACAUGUCGGCCACAAUGAAGGAGUCCCCUAAGAAGGCUACCUUUGGUGACGACGCCAGAGACCUGUUUGAUAAUCUUACGCUUGAUGAUGGCGACAAGAGGCGCGCCCCGCCUGCACGAGGCCCACCCCCGCGCAGCGGUACUCUUCCCAACUCAGGCCACCGCCCGUCUCGCUCAGACGAGGAAGAGCGCGAGAAGCGUCGAGACGACCGACGGGACGACCGAAGGGACGAUCGACCGCGCGGCCCACCCCGUGGACCUCCCCGACCCUCUGGCUCUCGACGAGAACCUCCGCCGCGGGGCAGCCCGAACAGGAGGGAGCACAGCAGGCGACCGCGUCGCAACUCGGAGUCCUCCAUGAUCGACAAGGGUUCGUUGGAUCCGAAUGAAGAGCGCCGCCGCAGGGAUCGCCGCAGAGAAAGAGACGAGCGUGGUCGCGACGGCAAGUCUCGCUCGACCAAAGUUCGUAAACCCCAUGGCCUCGAUAUUAUCGACAAGCUGGAUGUCAGUGGCAUUUAUGGUCCGAGCAUGAUCCAUCAUGAUGGGCCCUACGAUGCUGUGCAGCCCCACCGCAACCGCGAAAAGGAUAGACGCGCCCCUAUGCACGCGUUCCCUGCUGGAUCUGCCAACAAUGCGCUUGGCGGAUCUGGGCCGGUGAACGACAAGAUUGACUUGGACAAGAUUCACGGCCGAGGUGCUGAGGGAUUCUCUGAUUUCGGUGCAGCUGCCAACACUUGGACCAAGCGUCCGGAGCUGGAAGGGCGCUCUUUGACAUUUGGUCCUAAGGAGCGUGAGGACAUUGUACACGGAGACCAAAGCUAUGGUUUGGGCACGUCAACCUUCCUCGAGGGCGCACCUGCCUCCCGCACUGCUAUCCAGCAACGUGAGGCAGAAAACCAAAGGGCCUUUGCUGAAGGUGGUCUUGGCCGGAAGAAAUCCAUUGCUCAGCGCUUCCGCGGCUUGAACCAACCCCGCCGCGACUAUGGUGACCGACCCCGCAUAACGUCCCCUGAAGCUCGAUACGAAUAUGGCCAGAGCCCCAACGGGCCCAUGAUCACAGGAGGCAGCUUGACAAGCAGCAAGAACGAGAGAAACCCCUUCUUCGACGACUACGAUCAAGCGUACGAUAAGAAGGGUGCCGCGAUUGAUGUAGCUCAGAAGGAUGGAGUCACGUCACCCACUUCUCCUGAAGGUCGCAACCCAUUGACGCGUUCCAUCACGACAGAUAGUGUCGGUUCUCCCGUCGAGUCGAAACCUCAGGUCGGCGGUGGAUUCCUCAACCGCGUCAAGAGUUUGAAGGGCGGACGAAGGCCGCGUCCUGAGCGCCCUACCUAA